UGAUAAAACAGCACAAUAUGAAACUGAGAGAGAAAGUGAGAGAGAGAGAAAAAAGGGAGGAGAAAAAUGGGAGUGUACAUACAACUCUUGCUCUACUACACAGUGUAAAAAAGGGGAGGGGACAUCAAAACAAUCAAGAGAAGAGAAUCUCUGUUACCUUCUCAUUCCUCCUCUGGAGCUACUGAAAACAGCAACAACAACAACCACCAACUGACUGAGACUUUUCACAUCUCAGAACUAGACAGUCCACAUUCUCCCUCUUCAAAACAGGGCAUUUAACCCCCUCCACCCUGUGGCCAUGGGAGAAGACUCAUCGCACGCCGAGCGCCUCAGCAACAGCAGCAGCAUUUUGGUCAACCCCCAGCAGUACCAUGCACAGCAAGACAACAUGGACCUCCUGGUGCCCAGCUUCAGCCCCAGCUCGGCUCCCUCCUCCCCCACCGACACCCUCUCCAGGCUGGGCUUGAAAACCCCCGGGAGCCCCACCAGUCCCAUGGCCAAGGAUCAGGUGAGUGCCAUCACAGUGGUGGCUCUACUCGACAAGCUGGUCAACAUGCUGGAGGCGGUGCAGGAGAACCAGCUGCGCAUGGAGCAGCGCCAGGCUGACCUGGAGGGCGCCGUGCAAGGGGUCCAAGGCGACGUGACUCGCCUGUCCAAGAACCACACCAGCACGUCCAACAGCGUGAGCAAGCUGCUGGAGCGCUCGCACAAGGUCAACACCCACAUGAAGGAGGUGCGGGAGCGUCUGGACAAGCAGGCGUCGCAGGUGAAGCGGCUGGAGGCCAACCAUGGACACCUGCUCAAGAGGAACCAUUUCAAAGUACUAAUUUUCCAGGAAGACAACGAGAUCCCCUCCAGCAUGUUCAUCAAGGACUCCCCCAAGACCUGCCAGGCCAGCCAGCUUGAGGACGACGCCCCUGCGGCACCUGCCCCGUCUGUCACCGGCAUAGAUGCCAACCACUCUCAGGAGGAGGGUCUCCAUAACAUCAGCCUGUACUCCUCCGACAAUGACACCGGGGGUCACCACGAGGAUGAUGAAGCCCUGGAGGGAGAGGCAGAGCUGGGCCUAGAAACGGCCCUGCCCUCCUUCGAGAGAUCCAGAGCCGACCGGCUGAAGCGCUCCAGCCUGAAGAAGGUGGACAGCCUGAAGAAGGCCUUCUCACGCCAGAGCAUCGAGAAGAAGAUGACCAAGAUCAGCACCAAGAUCGUGCCGCCCGCGAGCCGUGAGAAGAUCAAGAAAAGCUUUACACCAAACCACCCUAAGAGUCCCACCGCCAAGAGCUCUUCUUUCAAGGUGUCGCCCAUGACGUUCAAUGUGAAGAAGUUGCGCGGCGAAGGGGAGGCUUCGACACAGCCCGGAGGCUCGCCUAGCGGGCAAGCCCACGUGGAGAUCCCUCCCCUGGGUAGCAUGGAUGGGGAUCUACCCCUGGCGGAGGUGUACUCCCAGGAAGGGCUGGGUGUGGAGGGGGGAGAGGAGCUAGCUAGUCCUUCUACCCCUGGGAGCGUGCAGGCCGAUUUGACCAUCAAUGGAGAAGCGGGGAGCCUUGAGUGUGACCUGACCAUCGAUCGUCCACUGGGACUUGCUCUCCCGGAGCAUGAUGACAAUAUGGGGGAGGAGGAAGAGGUUUAUGAUGAGGUAGAGGAGCAGGAAAGCCAGGUGGAGGUAAAGGCCCCCAUACCUGCUGUGGAGCAAGCCUCAUAAUCUCACCCCUCUCAUCUUUUGCUUCUGCACAUUCCCUGGCCAUUUUAUGUUAACAUACCAACACUGUAGUCAUCCCUCCAUCUUUCCAGCCUACCAAUUUCUGAAAAAUCUCAAGCUCCAGUGCUAACGAUACGGAGCCCCUAAGCAUCCCUGGCCCUCCAAUGCCUCCAGCUCUGCAUGUACGAUUGAUCCAGGAGAUCCAUGGACAUAUCCCAGAUCAACAAGCUUCCAUUUCAGAGAUCCUGAUUUAUCAAGAGUGAUCAAGAUAUCCUGCAUCAGUUGCUCCUGCCUGGUGUGUAUAGCUACCUACCCUUCUUUGGGGCUACCUUAGGACAAGAGCCAGCAAGCCAAGGGACUAUAACUCACCUUCCCAACUGGAACCUGGGCUUCUGAACAGCACAUCUCCAGGAUGCUGAGCCAACUCUCUCUCUCUGUGUUGAUCUGUCUUCGCAUGGGCCUCUCUGUCUGACGGAUAGUCUCUUUGUUCUCCUGCCUCGCUUGAAUGCCGGUAAAUAUUUGGCAAAGAGGGUAAAGCCCACAGCUUGGGAAGGGUAGCCCAUUGCCAGGUUGUCUGGGCAUUGGUAUGGGGCGGUAACUAUGUUUCUAACGCAAGGUUGGUGUAAGGCUGAGGUUUGUGACAUAUGCAUUUGACCCAGGUCUGGAUAUAACCACACAACCUGAGUGCAGGGUAAAAAUGGAGCCAUAGCUCUAAGGCAAUUUCAUGCCAUCCCUGCCUUAGUUCAUUUAUUUGCCAUAAUAUAUAUACUCAUCAGAGCUCUCAUGACAAAAACAGCUUGAAAAACACAGCUUGAAAGUGGUAAGUGGUUUUAAGGAGUGAAAUAUCAGUAGGCAUAACGACUUAUAUAGAAUCAUGUUUGAGUACUGUCACCUGACUUUCAUAAAUAUACUGUCAAAAUGGUCAUGUUGGAGUUGAUUACAUGUGCAUUCGGUGCACCUAAUGUUAGCAUAGCACUCACAUAAACAAUGUUGACACAUUCCUAUAUGGUUGAAACACACAUGCACACAAACACUUGAUUAACUAGCACACAUUUACUGAGGCACCCACAAAGACAAUCACACACACACUCAUACACGCACGGAAUUCUUCAAACUUACACAGGCUGUUGUGGGUACUUGCCAUCCUGGAGUGAGGAAUUCCUGUUUUGGAAGCCAUGUUGGAAAAAAAACAGCAUAGACCAGCAUAGGCUGGUGACGAGCCUUCAUUGUUUGGACACUGGUCACCAGCAUUCCAGCAUAUGGUGGCCACCCGCAAAACCCGCAUCAAGUUACGUUAUGCUGGCUUUGCAAAGUGAUGUCUAAUUCCUAAUUGAAUCCAGCCUGAACGGGGAUAUCCAACAUUUGGAAUGUUUAUUCACCCACGAUUUGCAUUCAGAAUGACUGCCAGGGUUUUGCCCUCAAAACAUCAAAGCAAGCUUUAUUUAUACACCACAUUUCAGACAUGGAAUGCAACGCAAUGUGCAUUACAGGAAGAAGAAAAAAACGAAUAAAAAAUUAUUAAAAUAUAGGUGAAAUAUUUCCUACACAACAAACAUAAGAUAAAAAACUAAAGAAUGGCACAAACUUAACCAAUGGCUGUGCUGUGUAGGCCUAUGGUGGCAGUUCAGGAGGAGAGUCAAAGGCUUUUUCUAAAAAUGAUUUUUGAUUAGGCCUAACCCAAGAAUGCACUCUUGCGUGCGGACUAUCCUAAAGCCUUUAUUCUGUUCAGUUUGAGAAGGAUAUAACGUGAUAUAUUAGAGCGCUUUGGUCCUUGAUGCUUUACAGUAUGCAUUGUUUCGUUUCUUUGACAUUCAGAGGCUGAGACACAACCUUCUAUAGCCGAGGACCCCAGAAAUAGACUUUGCUUGGGAAGUAAUCUAAUUCUCUCACUAUCAAUCGAUUAAGCGAUUCACUUUCUGUACACAUUUUUUUUAAACCCAGACAACUUUUAUGGAAACAAGGGCUAUUUUUUCUCAGACCUGCAAAUACGAUGAUAGAUUCAUGCAAUGCUUUGACUAUAAAGGAGAUCUUUCCACCCCUACUCUCGUCCACGGUGGUCUGUGAACCCACAACCUUCUGGCCAGCAGCCCUGUGCUCUAUCAAAAUUCCUGCAUUGCCAUGUAAUGCUUACAGGAAGAAGAACACUUUCUAAAAAAAAUUCUAGAAGGCUCUGGUCUGUCCAAGAUGUGAGGAUAAAUGGUAUAGACAUGUUCUCCGCUAUCCACUUUGUUUUAAUUAUUAUUAUUUGGGGUAUAUGGGAGAGUCACUUUUUUUCAAGCAUUCAGGGAGUGUUUAAUUGAAAUGUAACUGAUGAAGGUAGGACUGUCCAUAUUAAUUUCAGAAAGAUCCCGUUUUCUCCAUGUGACCCUUACUACAAAAUAAUGUUCACCAACUAAACUGGAGCAGUUUCAGUAACGGGUGAAAUAAGUUCAACUAAGAUAUUGGGUUAGUAUGUAUGUUAUGUAUCUUUGUGUAGCAUAAGAUCAAAUGAAUUGAUUAAUUAAAACAAUCAAUGUACAUGCAAAAACACAGAUAUUGAAACAAACUAUUCUACAAAAUCAAACUGCAAUAUAGCAUCCUGGGAAAUAUGAUAAUGAGGAGCGUAGUUUAGCAGACCAGCUUGUCCAGCUAGACCAUGCUGGACCAGAAUAUACUCCAAAGAAGAAGAAAAAAAGGUUCUUUGCCAGGGCUGAGGGUAAUUUUAUUUUUCAUAUAAAGAAUUGCCUCUCCACAGUGUUUUCCUUUUAUGCCAUGAAAUGCUACACUGUUGCAAAGUUCCUUUAACUGCAUGGUACACUAUAGGCUACUGAUUGCAGUGAAAGGAAGGUAAACAACAAGUUACUGAAUUUUUACAGCUGAAUGGAGGUGUUAUGGCUGUAAAAGGACAGCAUGCUGCUGAAUGCUGGUUACCCAAGACUAUACCUCACUUGGGAUUUGAACUCAAACUCUUUGUUGCUAAUGACCUGAACUUCCUGCUACACCACCAGCUCUAUGUGCAUGACAGAGCUUGGCCACUGAUUUACUGGCAAGAACACAGUUCUGCUCACUGCUAGAGGUUGCCCAGAAUCAAGUCAAUAAUUGUAUAAUUAUCUGACAACACCAAUGUGAAAAUAUCAGUACUCAGGGACACUUGAUGUAAUAUGUGCAUAAAUGCUUUGGGGAUUUGUACUCACAAGCCUUUAGGCGGAAGUGCAUUAAUGUUUCAACAGUGCCACCAGGUACGUCUUUGUUACCAAGAACAUGUGCAUUCAGAAAGUAUUCACACCCCUUGACCUUUUCUCCAUUUUGUACAGCCUGAAUUUGAAAUGGAUUACAUUGUGAUUUAUUUUGUGACUGGCCUAACACAAUGCACCAUAAUGUCAAAGUGGAAUUAGGUUUUUCAAAGUUUUUACAAAUUCAUUAAAAAUGGAAAGCUGAAACGUUUUAAGUCAAUAAGUAAUCAACCCCUUUGUUAUGGCAAGACAAAAUAAGUUUAGGAGUAAAGAUUUGCUUAACAAGUCACAUAGUAUGUUCCAUGGACUCACUCUGUGUUUAACAUGAUUUUUGAAUGACUACCUCAUCUCUGAAACAUACCGGUGGUCUGGGGUGGCAGUUAGCCUAAUGGUUAGAGCGUUGGACUUGUAACUGAAAGGUUGCAAGAUCAAAACCCCAAGCUGACAAGGUACAAAUCUGUCAUUGUACCCCUGAACAAGGCAGUUCACUGUUCCCAGCCCAUCAUUGAAAAUUAGAACUUGUUCUUAACUGAUUUGCCAAGUUAAAUAAAUGUAAAAUAAUUUUGCAUAUUUGGGGGCAUGGUCUAAUAUAUGUGUUUUUGUGCCAACCAUCAGUGGAGGUGUUGUACCAGUUUAAGUGGUUGAUGGUUGUCAAAGGUUGAAUACCUCUUUUAACAUGGUCAGUUUUGCAGUUGUUGUAAGAGCAUGUGACAUUAAAUAAGAGUGGUACUGUUAAAAAUGUACUUUGUAUUUGACAGUAAAUUAAUGGAAGUUAGUUAUAUGGAUGUUACUGAAUUUUGUGCCCGCUGAAUUGGCAAACAGCUGUCAGUUAUUGUAAAAUUCACAGCAACUGCUAGGAACAUACUGACAGUUAGGUUGCCAGUUAAGCUUCCAGUUAGUUAUUGUAAAACGCACAGUAACAUAUUUGCAACUAGAUGCCAGUAGCUCACUGUAACUUCAAGGAACUGAUAACAAGAACGCUUAUGACAUUAGGUGACAACUAAUAUGUAGUUUUUGGCAUGAGAACACUUGGGACCCAGCCUCACCUGGCAUCAACAUCUUGGUUGGCAGCAAACUGACCUUCCUAGCACACCAUCAGGUCAGUGAGUGUGACAGAAAUCAGCCAAAGUAAGUUUCUGUGAAUUCUACAAAUACUACUUGCAGCAAGCUGACAGUAAGUUUUUGACAUUUAAACAUGAACUUCCCAGUGAUCACCUUCCAUUAACUUACAGGAAAAUGCACAGUAACUUUUAAUUAAACAGCUCUUGAUUGUCACAAGCUCUUACAAAAAAUUGUACCACUGGCCAUAGACAAAUCAGUUGCUCUAACUUAAUCAACUUAACAAUAAAACCCCUUAAACUGGUUCAACCCUUCCACUAACGGUUGGCACAAAUGUAACAUAUUUUAGACCAUGCCCCGAAAUAUGCUAAUGAGCCCACCCCACCACAUUGCCCCAUCUAUAUUUCAAAGUUCCAUGAAAGGUAAACAACAAUUUAACAAUAACACCAAUAAACUGUAAAACAAAAUAUAUACUGUAUUUUUACUGCAACUCAGUAGCUGGUAACUUACUAUCAAAUAACAGGUCAUUUUUAACAGUCUAUGCCAUAAGCACAUCUGAAGUAUCCUAUAAGUAUAACUGUAAAACAUGUCAUUGCUUCUACCUUCUAACCAGAGGGUUCUUCAUGAGGGGAUUCUAAACGUAACUCAAAAUGGUUCCCCUACCUACAGGAACAAAUCAAACCCUUUCACAUUACACCCAAAACAGUUCCCCCAUAGGGACAAAUUACAAUGCCUAGUGGUUCUAAUCUUUUAACACUGUCACACCUAGUGCUGUUAUGGUGACCAUAUUACCACCACAUGGCCGCAUUAAAACUCCACGUGACCGAGUCACGGUAAUCUCUUAUGGUAGUACCCAACUUGCUAAUGUCUGUCCAUCAAGUCACUAAUGGCCUGUUACUAUUGUCCCGCUAACCACUCUGACAUCAAUUAAAAUCCAAUCGAAAAUCACAUCAAACACUGAUCAUCAAAACAGUAUCAUGCAUUUAGAACUCACCUCACUGUGAUUAAUCUGUCUGAAGAAAGAUGUUCAACAGGUUUAAACUGAAUGGAAAACAUGGUCAUUGUGGAUGUUGUUUCAAAGCCUAAAAACGAAAUGUACAGCACGUUCUAAGGUGAUGAUUAAUUCAAAACAUCCAUAUGCAUAUUAGAGCGUAUGCAAAGGCUUGGCCUAAAUAUGAGCCCAAGCCCGAAAAAAAACACUGAGUUAAAAUAAUGAUUGUGUCAUUAUAGAAUACAUAGCCUACCGCACAUUAAGCACGGCAGAAAUACAUAAAUAUGUACAUAAUUGGUCUAGCCGAUACCCCGAAAUGAAACAUAUUCUAGUAAUUGCUUUUGAGUGUGGACUGUAUUAUGCAUACUGUAUUAUGCAUACUGGAUGGCCUGGUUACCUCAUGCUACGCUCCAAACUUUCUAAACAUGAGUCGGGGAGAGAACAUAUAGGCCUAGGCGAUACUGUUGGUUCAUUGAUAGUGCAGGGUGGCUUACAGAGUUACAGUGCCUUCAGAAAAUAUUCACACCCCUUGACUUUUUUGUUUGUCUGAAUUUAAAAUAGAGUCAAAUUUGAUUUUUUGGGGGACUGGCCUACAGACAAUAGCCAAUACUGUCAAGGUGGAAUUAUGUUUAGACAUUUUGACUAAUGAAUAAAAAAUGUAAAGCUGUAAUGUCUUGAGUCAAUAAGUAUUCAACCCCUCUGUUAUGGCAAUCCUAAAUACGUUCAGGAGUAAAAAUUUGCUUCAGUAACAUAAGUUGCAUGGACUGACUCUGUGUGCAAUAAUAGUGUUUAAGAUGAUUUUUGAAUGACUACCUCAUCUCUGUACCCCACACAUACAGAUAAUUGUAAGGUCUCUCAGUCCAGCAGUGAAUUUCAAACAGAUUCAGCCACAAAGACCGAGGUUUUCCUUACCAAGAAGACAGUGAAUAUUUGAGUGGCCGAGAUAGUUUUGACUUAAAUCUGCUUGAAAGUUUAUGGAAAGAUCUGAAAAUGGUUGCCUAGCAAUGAUCAACAACCAAUUUGACAUAGCUUGAAGAAUUUUGAAAAUAAUAAUUCGCCAAAUGUUGCGCAAUUCAGGUGUGCAAAGCUCUUGGAGACAUACCCAGAAAGACUCACAGCUGUAAUCGCUGAUUCUAACAUGCAUUGCCUCAGGGGUUGAAGACUUAUUUAAUCAAGAUACUGUAUAUAUAUAUACAUACAUAAAUGGUAUAAAAAAAUAUUUCUUCUACAAAUGUAAAAAUGUUUCUUCUAUGUUGCCAUUAGAGUAUUUUGUGAAGAUCGGUGGCAAAAAAAUUACAAUUAAAUCCUUUUGAAUCCCACUUUGUAACAACAAAAUGUGGAGAAAGUCAAGGGGUGUGAAUACUUUCUGCAGGCACAGUAGCCAAUAAUUUGUGACAUUUUGAAAGACAUUUUCUUCAUAUCAUGUUUCUUCAGAGCUGUCUAAAAAAAAAUGGAUUUAUUGUGAUGGUGCAUAUUAAAAUAAUUGAUUAGACUUUAAAUGUAGAUGUUCCAAAGACGAGCACCAGCAACUUGUAUGAGUGGAGGCCCGGAGAUGCUAAACAUGGUUGUUACUUAACCAUGUGACCGGCAGUCUUUCGCAUUACAAUAACCGGCUGACAAAAUUUCAUGACCACCACAACCAUAGUCACAUGAACAGAUCCAGUAUUAUGGCAGGAAAUUCAGGUUGCUGGCAACUGAGAGGUUGUGAGUUCAAAUCGCAAGUGAGGUUGACACCAAAGUAAUCAUAAUUUUACUGGUCUGCAAAACCACAACCAUCAGUAUCAUAUUUCCCAGCAUUGCAGUUAGAUUUUAAGAAUAUUUGUUUUCAAUAUCUGUGUUGUUGCAUGUACAUUGAUUGGUUAAGUAAUACAUUCAUUUAUGUUUUGCUACACAAAGAUAAAUAACUAAACUAAUCCAAUCUGUUAGUUGGACUUAUUGCACCAGUGACAGAAAUGGUUGUUUGAGUUUAGUCUAAUUUUGUUUAUCUUUCUGACACUGGCAGUCAAUCUGAAUCCACUCUGGCUGGAUUCCAAUAGGAAUUAAACAUCACUUAGCAAGUCAGCAAAAUGUAACUUCUUGCUGGUCAGCAGAGCGCACAUGCAUGGCCUUUCAUUUUUUACCACAAGCAACACACAAGCAAGUGUAAAAUAUCAUGACAUUGCAACCAGGGCCAACAUUUGUCACAUUUUCAAGACAGAAAUAUGUCCCGGGUUCACAUCCCAGGUAAACACAUGAAAUACCACUUUUGAUCCUGAAGUUGAACCCUACAUUUCCCCAGUAUAUCUCCAACCUAUUUGUUGUCAUGUAAAAACUAUGCAAGGGAAGUGCUGUUGGUCAUUACGGAGGUCUGGUAAACAGAGAAAGAAUCCAAUGCCUGUAACGAAAAUUCAAAUUUUCUCAGCACCGCUUUAGCGGGAAAACGCGGCAAGAAAGCCUUCCUAUAAAUAUUCCAUGGUGUUUCAUUGGCUGAUGAAAAGUGUUUGAACUUUGAACAAUGGAACCUAUGGAGGAGGAAGAAGGCAUAUGUCUUAGAUGACUAUAUUGAUUAUAUUUACACAUUAUAUAAUGAAAUUAUUCUAUCUGUAAUACAGUAUCUAUGGUAUGUGCUCGUCCACGUAUGGAUGGUGUUUCCUCUUAUAGAUAUCACAGUACUGGAAAAAGUGCCAAACUUUAAAUAUGUGUAGAGAUUACGAUUCAAAUGUGACUGAUUUUCAGGUGUUUCUUGUUUUUUUUUAAAACAUACACAAUUUUAAAAAAUGUCAGCGCUUUUCAAUAAGCUUCAUAGUGCUUUACAUUGCAUGGGAGUAACGCACUCCACCUGCCACCAUUGUGUACAGUAGCACACCAACCUGGGUGACAGCAUCCAUUUUAUGCCAGAAAAGCUCACCACACAUUGGCUCUCACAGUGAAAGAGGUGAAUGUCACAGGUAUCAAGUCCCCAUACAUGGAGUACUAGUAUUGUUAUUGUAACAUGUUGGUUUUAGAUUAUACUUUAUUUAGUCAGAUAAUUUCACCCAGUUGUAAUCCCUCAAGCCAAAUCAGUUCUUUCUCCGUGGCAGAACACUCUUAGCAACAUUUUCUGUAACGGAUUUUCUUCCUAUAGACACUACUUGUAAUUGAUAUGCUCGAGUUCAGCAUCACAAUACAUAAAUAAAGAUUUGUAACAACUG